CGACCUUUGUUUCUGUUAUUAGUUUUUCUGUGUGCGCUUCUCGUCGUUUCCAUGAUCCAAAAGUUGCUGCUGCUUUCUAUGGAUGUUUAUCUACGCCUGUGUCGGCCAUCGACUCUUCCAUAGAAGCUUUGAGAAAGAAGAAAGACGACUACUUGGAGGUGUAGUUUGGUAGGUGAGAGAUUUUGCGGAGAGGUAGGAGCAGUUUUCGCUGCAGAGAUUUUUCUGUAGUCUGUUUCGGGAUUUCUUUUCUUUAAGAGAGAAAAAAAAAAUAUUAUUUUCUUUUUGAUCGGAGGGUGUAAGAGAGCAGCAAUUGUGUGAGUGUGCGCUCGGGGGAGAUCUUGCUCUUUUGAAGCUAGAACCAAAGAUUGUGUGGGAUUUUCUGCUCUGAGACUCGAUGAAUUGGAAGCAGGUUGUGAAAAACAGUGUGUAUCUUGCGUUCGAGUCCAAACGAUAGCUUACGACCAGAAGUGGAGGGGAUUUCGAUUUCUGUAAAGCUAGAAUUCGAUGCUCGAUGUUGCUGAGAGCCGAGGGAAGGGGGCGCGAGGUUAGUUACAACUCCAUCACUGGAUUCAGGGAAAUGAAGCUUCAGCAAUGUUGAGAUUCCGUGGAAUUACGUCUUUCAGUUUUGGGUUCCGUUCGAAUCCUGCGUAUGAAUCUUAGGGGUUUUACGAAGGAGAUUCUGGGGCUUUUAUCUGGUUCACUGUGGCCAAGUGGCACACGCAGAUUCCAAGCUCUGUGAGAAUUUACAAAGAGAUCAUCAUCGACAAGAAGAGGGGUUUUCAUGCACUGAGAAUCAGUUAAGUAACUGCGUAUCGUUAAAAUCCCUGAACUGAAAUGAUAACAUUUAUGGAUUCGAAAGAGAAACUAAAGGAGGUGGACAAGUGCUUAGAUCCUCAGCUAUGGCAUGCCUGCGCCGGUGGAAUGGUUCAAAUGCCUACAGUGAAAGCCAAGGUCUUCUACUUCCCUCAGGGCCACGCCGAGCAUGCCUGCGGCAACGUCGAUUUCCGGAGCUGCCCAAGGGUUGCGCCGUUUAUAGCCUGCAGAGUUUGUGCAGUGAAAUACAUGGCUGAUCCUGAGAGCGAUGAGGUUUUCGCGAAGAUAAAGCUGGUUCCAGUGAAUGCCAAUGAGCCGGACUUUGAAGAUGAUGGAAUUGAAGGGAUUAAUGGUUCUGAAGCGCAAGAAAAACCGGCGUCUUUCGCGAAGACACUGACGCAGUCGGAUGCGAACAAUGGCGGGGGUUUCUCUGUUCCGCGGUACUGCGCGGAGACGAUAUUUCCGCGGUUGGAUUAUUCAGCGGAUCCCCCUGUUCAGACCAUUUUAGCUAAAGAUGUUCAUGGCGAAACGUGGAAGUUCAGGCACAUCUAUAGGGGAACGCCUCGGCGGCAUCUUUUGACUACGGGUUGGAGUACUUUUGUGAACCAUAAGAAGCUUGUUGCGGGGGAUUCGAUCGUGUUUUUGAGGGCAGAGAAUGGCGAUCUUUGUGUUGGCAUUCGACGAGCCAAGAGGGGAAUUGGCGGUGGGCCAGAGACGGCUUCUGGGUGGAACCCAGCAGGUGGGAAUUGCGCGGUGCCGUAUGGAGGGUUUUCGGCAUUCUUGAGGGAUGAUGAGAACAAACUAAUGAGAAAUGGAAAUGGUAACGGAAACGGUUCGAGCUCGAAUGGGAAUCUGAUUGGUCGGGGAAAAGUGAGGCCCGAAUCAGUUAUUGAAGCUGCAACCCUUGCCGCCAAUGGGAAGUCAUUUGAGGUUGUUUACUACCCUCGAGCGAGCACGCCGGAGUUCUGUGUGAAAGCUUCAUUGCUGAAAGCAGCAUUGCAGAUCCGGUGGUGUUCGGGAAUGAGGUUCAAGAUGCCUUUUGAAACUGAGGAUUCCUCACGGAUAAGUUGGUUCAUGGGAACCAUUUCUUCUGUUCAGGUUGCUGAUCCCAUGCGAUGGCCCGAUUCACCUUGGAGGCUUCUCCAGGUUACGUGGGAUGAACCAGACUUACUCCAAAAUGUGAAACGUGUAAGCCCAUGGCUGGUGGAAUUGGUUUCAAACAUGCCAGCCAUGCAUCUAUCACCCUUCUCACCACCACGGAAGAAGCUGAGACUGCCACAACACCCAGAUUUCCCCUUUGACGGUCAACUUCCAAUGCCGGCAUUUUCCGGCAACCUCCUUGGGCCCGGCGGUUCCUUUAGUUGUCUACCCGAAAACACUCCUGCUGGCAUGCAGGGAGCCAGGCAUGCUCAUUAUGGUCUAUCCUUAUCAGAUCUCCACCUCAAUAAAUUGCAGUCAGGUCUGUUUCCGGCUGGUUUCCCACCACUUGAUCAUACUGCUACACCCGCUAGAGCCCCAAAUAACUUGAUGUUUCAAAAGCCUAGCAUAAGUGAGAAUGUUUCUUGCUUGCCAACCAUGGCACAUUCUAGACAGACUCCAAAGAAACUUGAUGAUGUCAAGACACCACAGUUUGUGCUCUUUGGUCAACCAAUACUUACAGAGCAGCAGAUCUCUUUGAGCUGCUCUGCUGAUACAGUCUCACCUGUUCGUACUGGAUAUAGUUCAUCAGAUGGAAAUGGAGAUAAAGUGACAAUUUUUUCUGAUGGUUCUGGAUGUGCCCUUCAUCAACAAGGCUUACUUGAACGCUCAUCCUGCGAAGCUCUUCAAUGGUAUAAAGAUAACCGUCAAGAAGCGGAGCACAAUUUGGAGACUGGUCACUGUAAAGUCUUCAUGGAAUCAGAGGAUGUGGGUCGCAGUCUUGACCUUACAUUACUUGGAUCGUAUGAUGAAUUGUACAGAAAACUAGCCGACAUGUUUGGCAUAGAAAAUUCCGAGACAUUGAACCAGGUGCUUUACCGAGAUAAUACAGGGGUAGCCAAACAAAUAGGUGAUCAGCCAUUCAGUGACUUCACGAAAGCCGCAAGGAGGUUAACAAUUCUUAUGGAUUCAAGCAGCGACAAUGUAGUAAUGUAGAGAAAGCAGUAAACCUUCAUUUCAAUUGUACAGCUGGUUGAUCAGAAUCCUUUGUUCAUGUGCUGCCCUUUUACCAUUAUUGAAGUAGACAUCCAUUGUUUUUUUGGGUUGCAUGCAAGCUUUGAGCGUUCUUGAUUCAUGUUUUGCUUCCAUUUUUCAGUCCCACAGUCCAUUAAGAAUUUUGGUUGA